AUGAGAGCCGCAAUUCUAUUCGUUGUGCUUGCGUGCGGUGGCUCGCUGGCUGAGUAUGCCGAUCGUCGGUGUCCGUGCACGUUCGAGAACAUCUGGCUCGACGUUGUCGUCGUCGUCGACACGUCUGCCGGAAUGACACAGGACGGAGUGGUUCAGAUCAGCGCCACGAUUGCGUCGGUGUUCGGCUCGACGCGAAUCGGUCCGAACAAUUCCAACGAUCCGAGGUACACGCGAAUCGGGCUUGUCACUUAUGCAAAUACCGCGAUAAUUAAUUCCGAUUUAUUGAAAUAUAAGACCACUGAUGACUUUGUUGAAGACCUGUUUUCAGUGCUUCAAGUCACCACAAUUGAGGAAUCGAUUCUUGAGAAAGGAUUGUAUGCCGCUGAAAGUGUGCUCGUUUCUAGUCGAAACGCCACCCAAAAGGUGGUGAUCGUGUUCGCGUCGAGCUAUCGAAGCGACGGCGAAAAUAAUCCGGUGCCGACGGCGAUGCGUCUCCGCCAAAGCGGCGUCACACUGAUCACAAUCGCCUACGAUCAAACCGGCGAUUCGAUGAUGAUCCGCAAAAUUGGCGAUUUGGCGACGCCGGGCAACGCGUUCACCAACACCGACUUGAAUCUCGUCGGCGAGAUCGUCAACGCGUUGUGCGCCGCCAACUGCUUCUGUCCCGAUUUGUGGCGUCAGCUCACCUCGGAGUUCGGCAACACCGCCGCCGCUUACAAGCUCGGCAGCUGCUUGCGACUCUCCGAGAUUCCGGCGAUGUGGACAUCGGCGAAAUUCGCGUGUCGCAACAUGCAUCGCAGCGGAUUCCUGGCGACCGAGUUCACGCAAGAAAAGCACACCUAUCUUCUUGAAAUGAUGAAACACGACGCCGUCCAAUCCGAGCCCUAUGCGUACCAUAUCGGCCUCUCCUAUGUGAAUGGCGCCUAUAAUUGGGAGCAGCCUGUUGGCUACCAAUUGGAGCCACUUCAAGGAAAGGGCUUCUGGAAUCCUGGCUAUCCGACGACGACCUCCUCAUCCAACAAAUGUGUUCUCAAUUCACAACAGGGAACCGAAUUGAAGACCGGAUGGCAAAAUGUCGACUGCUUCAGCGUUUCAAAAAACUAUGUUUGUGAAGUCGAAGCGUGCGAUACUGAUAAUUAUUGUGAAUAA